AUGAAGUACUCUUUCGCUAUUGCUGCCCUCGCCACCGCCGUCUCGGCUCAGUCCCUCAGCGACGUCCCCAAGUGCGCUAUUCCCUGCCUUGACGACGCUAUCACCAGCAAGACCAAGUGUGAGACCACCGAUCUCGCCUGCGUCUGCAAGAGCUUCGACGAUGUCCGAAGCGCCGCUACUGGUUGUGUGAUCACCAAGUGUGGUUCCGACGUUGCCAUCAACGAGGUUCUCCCUGCUACCGAGAAGCUCUGCUCCGGCGGCAGCGGCUCCGGCUCCGGCUCCGCCGAGGAGUCAUCCAAGGCCGACACCACCAAGGUCGAGACCUCCACCAAGGUUGUCGUCACCACCAGCGCCGUCGAGACCACUGCUGUCGAGACCACCGCCGUCGAGACCACCUCUGUCCCUCCUGUCGUUGAGAGCAAGACCACCGCUGUUCCCCCCGUCAUCGAGACUCCCACCACCAAGUCCGAGGCUGCCGGCGGUGCCACCAGCACUCCCGCUCCCUCAGGUGUCGGCGAGAACAGCGCUGCUGGCCUCAAGGGUCUCGGCGCCAUGGCCAUGGCUGCCCUCAUGGCCCUUGCUCUGUAA